CUUCAAAGUCCCACUCAUUUUGACAACAGACUCAUCUCUCAGAGUUUACAUUACACUUUCCUCUUUUUGCCUCUCUUCUCCCACACUUCUCAAAUAACCAAAACCUUCUUCGUCGUGCUCCUCCCAUCUUCCCUAAUCGGAAAAAAAAAUGCACGCCAAAACUGAUUCCGAGGUGACAAGCAUCGCAGCUUCAUCACCAGCCAGAUCUCCACGUAGACCAGUCUACUAUGUCCAAUCACCGUCACGCGACUCUCACGACGGAGAAAAAACCGCGACUUCGUUUCACUCAACUCCGGUGCUAAGUCCGAUGGGAUCUCCGCCGCAUUCUCAAUCGUCUAUGGGUCGUCACUCUCGCGAAUCGUCCUCUAGCCGAUUCUCAGGCUCUCUGAAGCCCGGAUCUAGAAAAGUCAACCCUAACGACGGCUCUAAACGGAAAGGUCACGGCGGAGAGAAGCAGUGGAAAGAGUGUGCGGUGAUUGAAGAAGAAGGUUUGUUAGAUGAAGGUGAUAGAGACCGUGGUGUUCCUCGUCGCUGCUAUGUUUUGGCUUUCAUCGUUGGCUUCUUCAUUCUCUUUGGUCUCUUCUCUUUGAUUCUUUACGGUGCUGCUAAACCUCAGAAACCUAAGAUCACUGUCAAGAGUAUAACGUUUGAGACGCUUAAGGUCCAAGCUGGUCAAGAUGCUGGUGGUGUAGGAACUGAUAUGAUCACGAUGAACGCUACUCUAAGAAUGUUGUAUAAGAACACUGGAACAUUCUUUGGUGUUCAUGUUACUUCAACUCCUAUUGAUCUUAGCUUCUCUCAAAUCAAAAUCGGUUCUGGAUCCAUCAAGAAAUUUUAUCAGUCAAGGAAUAGUCACAGUACAGUGGUGGUGCAUGUGACAGGAGAGAAGAUCCCAUUAUAUGGAAGUGGUUCGACUUUACUUCCACCGGCGCCUCCAGCUCCACUACCCAAACCAAAGAAGAAGAAAGGAGCUCCUGUUGUUAUUCCCGACCCGCCAGCACCACCAGCACCGGUGCCAAUGACGCUCAGUUUCAUUGUCCGAUCACGGGCUUACGUGUUGGGGAAGUUAGUGCAGCCAAAGUUCUACAAGAAGAUCAUGUGUGACAUCAACUUCGAACACAAGAAUCUUAACAAGCAUAUAGCCAUCACCAAGAAUUGCACCGUCACUACAGUUUGAAGAGAGAGAGAACCUGAAAAAAAAAUUUAGUAGGCGCAAAAACGAUGUCGUAUAGUGUAACGUGAUUUACAGCUCAACGGGCAGUAUUUUGGGUUGUCUGGGGCAGCUACGUAGAGGUGCCCGAAGGAGAGAAGAAGCAUCGUAUCGUCGGUGGCCUUUACUUUAAUUUAUUUACAUGAGUGGUUUAUAUCUGUCUGUGGAAAAUAUAUUAAUUUUAUUAUUGUGUGUACGAUUGCACUGGAAAAACACGAGGAAAUCACAUUUUAUUUAUUUUUUUGUUUC